UGUCGGAAAAGGAUACUGCUCAGAAGCCUGUGUGUCUUAUCGUUCUUGGCAUGGCAGGAUCAGGCAAAACAACUUUUGUCCAGCGACUGACAGCUCAUCUUCACGCAAAGAAAUCUCCACCGUACGUUAUCAAUUUGGACCCUGCAGUUCACGAGGUUCCAUUUCCAGCUAAUAUCGAUAUCAGAGACACUGUGAACUACAAAGAAGUAAUGAAACAGUAUGGUUUAGGCCCUAAUGGAGGAAUAGUCACGUCUCUUAAUCUCUUUGCGACGAGAUUUGAUCAGGUCAUGAAAUUCAUAGAGAAGAAGCAGAACAAUCACCAGUAUGUGUUGAUUGACACACCAGGACAGAUAGAAGUAUUCACCUGGUCAGCCUCUGGAACCAUCAUAACAGAGGCCCUGGCUUCUUCUUUCCCUUGUGUGGUGGUGUAUGUGAUGGACACAUCACGGAGUGUAAACCCAGUUACGUUCAUGUCCAACAUGCUCUAUGCCUGCAGCAUUCUCUACAAGACCAAACUGCCUUUCAUAGUUGUCAUGAAUAAGACGGACAUAAUCGACCACAGUUUUGCUGUUGAGUGGAUGCAGGACUUUGAGGUGUUUCAGGACGCCCUGAAUCAGGAAACAUCUUACGUCAGCAACCUGACCCGAUCCAUGAGCCUGGUUCUGGAUGAGUUCUACACUAACCUACGCGUGGUCGGUGUCUCGGCUGUAACAGGCAACGGACUGGACGAACUCUUUGUGCAGGUUGCAGAAGCUGCAAAAGAAUAUGAGAUGGAAUAUCGGCCGGAAUAUGAACGACUACACAAAGAGUUGGCUGAAGCUCAUAGCAAAAAACAGCAGGAGCAACUGGACCGCCUCCAUAAGGACAUGGGCGAAGUUCCCAUGGAAACCACCGUUCCUACAGGUAUUCAGGAUCCAGAUCUAGCAGGUCCCAGUGACCUCAUUCUCACUCGGGGUGUCCACGACGACGAAGAUGAGGAGAUUGACAGUGACACAGAUGAUAUCGACCAUAACGUCACAGAGGAGAGCAAGGAGGCUGCAGCUUUUGGGAACUUCCUUAAAGAGAGGAAGGAGAUUGUCCAGGUGCGAAACAGGAAAAUGGAGUGACGGGCAACGGGACACGCUACUUUACGGACUUCAAGCGUCUCGUCUGGACCGCGGCGACCUUUGAACUCUGACCUUUUCCCCCGUAAGGUCGCAGAAUUCAACUUCAGUGGGACGGAGCGUCACGUGGAGUGUCGGACGGCGGCACUGAUCUCUAAAAGGCUGUUCUUCCCUGGCUGUUAAAAAUGAACAGAUAUAGGAUUCUCCAUUCAACAGUCAGCUGUAGGCAUUGGACAUUUAACAUGUCAUGUGGUGGCCCAGUGUGAAUGACUACAUUGAGGAGUAGCAAGGGAGCACUCCUGUGGCACUUUUCUGAAUUCAAGCCUCAUUAUUAAUCAACACUUUCACUGAGUGUUCAGUUGUGUUCAUUUCACUCUGUUGGGUUGUUUCUCCUUUUGAUUGUAAUUGGACUUCAUUUGGAAGGGGUUUUUUUUUCCUGUCAUGAAGAAAGAUUGUGUAUGUUUUUGCCAGCGUGUAUUUUAACUG